ACACAAGACCUCUUGUGCUUACGUUCUUGUUCCUCUCCCGUCGGCGUCUUCCCCUUUACUCCUCCUCCGCCACCGCAUCAUCUCCGACUCCACCACCGCCUCUCCCGCGCAGGCUGCGCUCGCCAUGCGCGCCUCGGCUCCGGCGGCGGCUUCCCUUUGGCGUUUGUAGAUGGGCUCCUCCUCCCUCCUCCUCUUCCCCUCGUCCUCCUCCGCCGCCCCCAACCACUCCUCUUAUUCCCAUGCUUCCCACUCCUCCUUGCUCCCACCGCUCCCCUCCCCCUCCCCGUCCCCCUCUGACCUCUUCCUCUACCUCCACCACCUAGACCACCACGAGGCCGCCGCCGACGCCAUGGUGCGCAAACGCCCGGCUCCCGACGUCGACCUGCCACCGCCGCGGCGCCACGUCACGGGGGACCUCUCCGACGUCACCGCAGCUACUGGUGCUGCACCGCCUCCGCCGCCACCCGUGCUGCUUUCUUCCGCGGUACCUGGGACCGCGCAGCUGCCCGCGCUGCCGAUGCAGCUCCCCGCGUUCGGCGGCCACCACCUGCAGGCGCCGGUGACCAUCGAGGUGCCACCACCAGUACCGCAGGUGGGACCGGGCCCGCCGGACGGUAACGCCAACAAUAACAGCACGGCGUGGGUGGACGGCAUCAUCCGGGACAUCAUCGGGAGCAGCGGCGCCUCGGUCUCCGUCGCGCAGCUCAUCCACAACGUGCGGGAGAUCAUCCACCCCUGCAACCCCGGCCUCGCCUCUCUCCUCGAGCUCCGCCUCCGCUCCCUCCUCGCAUCCGAUCUUGCCCACCCCACUCCACCGCCUCCUCCCCAUCACCCGCUCGCGCUCGUCCCCGGCGGCAACACGGCACUCCCCGCCCCGUCUGCGCCGGUGCUCCUCCCGCCGCCACCUCCGGAGAAGCGUCGCCGCGAGGAGGAGCCCCAGAACCCGCCGCCGCAGUCGCCAAAGCCGCCUCCUUCCGCGGAGGAGACCGCCGCGGCCACAGCCGCGGCGGCGGCGGCGGCAUCCGCCGCCCUCAAGGAGCGGAAGGAGGAGCAGCGGCGGAGGCAGCGCGACGAGGAGGGUCUCCACCUGCUGACGCUCCUCCUGCAGUGCGCCGAGUCGGUGAACUCGGACGACCUCGACGAGGCCCAGCGCGCGCUGCUGGAGAUCGCCGAGCUGGCCACCCCGUUCGGCACCUCCACGCAGCGCGUCGCCGCCUACUUCGCCGAGGCCAUGUCGGCGCGCCUCGUCAGCUCCUGCCUCGGCCUCUACGCGCCGCUCCCCAACGCCGCCUCCCCUGCGGCCUCCCGCCUCGUCAGCUCGCGCAUCGCCGCCGCGUUCCAGGUCUUCAACGGCAUCAGCCCCUUCGUCAAGUUCUCACAUUUCACGGCGAACCAGGCCAUCCAGGAGGCGUUCGAGCGGGAGGACCGCGUGCACAUCGUCGACCUCGACAUCAUGCAGGGUCUGCAGUGGCCGGGCCUCUUCCACAUCCUCGCCUCCCGCCCCGGCGGCCCGCCCAGGGUCAGGCUCACAGGCCUCGGCGCGUCCAUGGAGGCGCUCCAGGCCACCGGGAAGCGCCUGUCGGACUUUGCCGAGACGCUUGGCCUGCCCUUCGAGUUCUUCCCCGUGGCGGAGAAGGCUGGCAACCUUGACCCGGAGAAGCUAGGCGUCGACACGGGGCGGCGAGAGGCCGUCGCCGUCCAUUGGCUCCACCACUCCCUCUACGACGUCACUGGAAACGACUCCAACACGCUCCACCUCAUCCAAAGGUUGGCGCCGAAGGUGGUGACAAUGGUAGAGCAGGACCUCAGCCACUCUGGUUCCUUCCUGGCCCGUUUUGUGGAGGCCAUCCACUACUACUCGGCGCUCUUCGACUCGCUUGAUGCGAGCUAUGGCGAGGACAGCUCAGAGCGGCACGUUGUGGAGCAGCAGCUGCUAGCGCGGGAGAUCCGCAAUGUGCUUGCCGUAGGUGGCCCGGCACGCACCGGGGACUUCAAGUUCGGGAGUUGGCGCGAGUUUCUCGCGCAGUCAGGGUUCCGUGCGGCCUCGCUUGCGGGCAGUGCAGCGGCGCAGGCUUCCCUGCUGCUCGGCAUGUUCCCCUCCGAUGGGUACACGCUCGUCGAAGAAAAUGGCACUCUAAAGCUUGGGUGGAAGGAUCUUUGCUUGCUCACUGCAUCUGCUUGGCGGCCAAUUCAGACUUUGGGUCGUUAGAAUUGAGGGCAGGCUUAUAGAGCUCAAGUGUUAGUAGAUCUUACUUAGAUGCAACUCCCUUCUUCUUUUGCUGCUUUAGCUGCUCAAUUUGAUCAGUUAUGAGAAAAGGAAAAGUUCUGAUCACUAA